GGAUCAUUGAAGUCAGCCAGAGACCGAGGAGAGGACGCAGAGCACCGACAGCAUGAGGGGGAUGAACGUUACCGAGACCGGGUCCGAGACCGGGUCCGGGUCUGACGAGCUCAUCUUCUUCGUUAACGGGAAGAAGAUUGUUGAGAGAAAUGCAGAUCCUGAGAUGACCCUGCUGACAUAUCUUAGGAGGAAAUUGGGUUUAACAGGAACUAAGCUGGGCUGUGCUGAGGGUGGCUGUGGAGCCUGCACUGUCAUGUUGUCCAGAUACCAAACACACACUCAACAGCUGCUUCACUUCGCCGUCAACGCCUGCCUCGCCCCCGUGUGCUCGCUACACCUGGUCGCCGUGACGACCGUGGAGGGUAUCGGCAGCGUGGCGAGAAAACUCCAUCCUGUGCAGGAGCGAAUAGCGAGGGCUCACGGCUCGCAGUGUGGCUUCUGUACUCCGGGGAUCGUCAUGUCCAUGUACGCGCUGCUGAGGAACAACGCCACACCCAAGAUGGCCGACGUGGAGGAGGCCUUCCACGGAAAUCUGUGUCGUUGCACCGGAUACAGGCCGAUACUGGAGGGAUUCAAGACUUUCACUGUGGAAGGCGGAUGCUGUGGUGGCGAGGGGCGGAAGAACGGCUGCUGUAUGGCCUCUGAGAAAAGCUCAGAGGAAGACGCUGACGAGGCCUCGCCUCUAUUUAAUGCAGCAGACUUUGCGCCCUUUGACCCCACACAGGAGGUCAUCUUCCCUCCUGAACUCAUGUCUCUCACCAAAGCUCAGAAGUCGGCCUCGCUGCGUUUCCGUGGCGACAGAGCUGUGUGGCUGCAGCCCGACAGCCUGGACGAGUUCCUGCGUCUGAAAUGGGAACAUCCAGACGCCCGAGUGGUGGUGGGAAACACUGAAGUGGGUAUUGAGGUGAAGUUUAAGAACAUGGUGUACCCCGUCAUCUUAGCUCCAGCCUUCAUUCCUGAACUGAACACAGUGACUCACACUGAGGGGGGCAUCGUGUUUGGUGCAGCGUGCACUCUCAGCCACAUGGGGGCGGUGCUGAAGCAGGCGGUGGCGACUCUUCCUCCUCAUCAGACUGAAGUCUUCCUCGCCGUCCUGGAACAGCUGCGCUGGUUUGCUGGACUGCAGAUACGCAACGUAGCGGCUGUUGGUGGAAAUAUCAUGACGGCCAGCCCAAUAUCAGACCUCAACCCUGUUUUCAUGGCAGCAGGCUGCAAACUCACACUGAUAGACAAGGAUGGCAGCCGUGUGGUUCAGAUGGACGACGCCUUCUUCACAGGUUACAGGAGGACGAUUCUGCGGCCGCAGGAAGUCCUGCUGUCCAUAGAGAUUCCAUACAGCAAGAAGACUCAGUUCGUCUCCGCCUUCAAACAGUCGCCACGCCGUGAGGAUGACAUCAGCACUGUCACUACGGCGAUGAGCGUCACCUUCACUCCUCAGACAGACAUUGUGGAGGACUUGAGGCUGAGCUACGGCGGCAUGGCGCCGACCACGGUGCUGGCGAAGAAGACCGCGAGCAGACUGCUGGGGAGGCGGUGGGGGGAGGAGCUUUUGCAGGUAGCCUGCUCCUCAUUGGCUGAGGAGAUGACCCUCGACCCCUCUGUGCCGGGCGGCAUGGUGACAUACCGGCGAACUUUGACCCUCAGCCUCUUCUACAAGUUCUACCUGACGGUGCUGCAGAAGCUCAGAGAGCAGGGUGUGAAUGUGGAGGAGGUCGGGUCAGACUGUCUGAGCGCUACAGAGAUUUACCAUCAAGAGACUCCGUCCAGUGUUCAGGUCUACCAGGUGGUGCCGAAGGAGAGGAGCCAGGAAGACAUGGUGGGUCGUCCCAUGAUGCACCUGUCCGCUCUGAAGCAGGCGACUGGCGAGGCGGUUUACUGCGACGACAUACCGCUGUAUGAGAACGAGCUCUACCUGGCGCUCGUUACCAGCACCAAAGCACACGCUAACAUCCUCUCUAUAGACACCUCAGCAGCAGAGUGUCUGCCCGGCGUCGUCUGCUGUGUGUUCGCUGAUGACAUCCCUGGCAGUAACGCAACCGGACCAAUCGAAUACGACGAGACCGUCUUUGCUCACCACCAGGUGUGUUUUUUGUUCUUGUCUGACCAAUCGGGUGACUCUGUCAGGUUCAUGACCAUGUUGAUGAUGUUUCCCUCCUGUCUGCAGGUGACCUGUGUGGGUCACAUCAUUGGCGCUGUGGUGGCCGACACUCAGCUUCACGCUCAAAGAGCCGCCAAAGCUGUCAGGAUCCAGUAUGAAGAGCUGCAGCCGAUCAUCACCAUCCAGGAAGCCAUUGCUGCCCAGUCCUUCUAUCAGCCAAUCAGAACCAUCGAGAUGGGAGACCUGGAGGCGGGAUUUAAACAGGCCGACCACAUCCUGGAGGGUGAGAUGCACAUCGGGGGUCAGGAGCAUUUCUACCUGGAGACAAACAUCACUCUGGCUGUUCCCCAAGAAGAAGAUGGAGAGAUGGAGCUCUUCGUUUCUACUCAGUCUGCCACCAAAACACAGUCUCUGGUGGCGAAGGCACUGGGCGUCCCCGCUAACAGGGUGGUGGUGCGGGUGAAGAGGAUGGGUGGAGGCUUCGGAGGGAAAGAGAGCCGGACCACCAUAUUGUCCACUGUGGUUGCCGUGGCAGCAAACAAGCUGAAGAGGCCUGUGAGGUGUAUGUUGGACAGAGACGAGGACAUGCUGAUCACUGGAGGGAGACACCCUUUCUAUGGAAAAUACAAGGUGGGUUUUCUAAACAGCGGUAAGGUCGUGGCUCUGGAUGUGUCGUACUACAGCAACACUGGGAACUCCAUGGACCUCUCUCUGUCGGUCUUGGAACGGGCCCUUUUCCACAUGGAGAACUCAUACAGCAUUGCGAAUGUACGGGGCCGCGGUUUCCUGUGCCGCACCAACCUGACGUCCAACACGGCCUUCAGGGGCUUCGGAGGGCCGCAAGGCAUGCUGGUUGCUGAGAACUGGAUUGCCGACGUGGCUCAGAUUCUGGGCAGGCCAGCCGAGGAAGUGCGUCGGUUGAACCUGUAUGUGGAAGGGGAGUCAACACCCUACAACCAGAUCCUGCAUCAGUUUACCCUGGACCGCUGCUGGGACGAGUGCCUGUCACGCUCCAGAUACCAGGAACGCCGAGCCGCCAUCGACCUCUACAACAGGAAGAACCGGUGGACCAAACGUGGCCUCGCUAUCGUCCCAACCAAGUUUGGCAUCAGCUUCACUGCCGUCUUCCUCAACCAGGCCGGAGCUCUGGUUCAUAUCUACACAGACGGAUCGGUGCUGUUGACCCACGGGGGGACAGAGAUGGGACAGGGCCUCCACACCAAGAUGAUCCAGGUUGCCAGCAGGGUUCUGGGUAUCCCCUGUUCAAAGAUCCACAUCUCAGAGACGAGCACCAACACGGUCCCCAACACCAGCGCCACCGCCGCCUCCGCCUCCUCAGACCUCAACGGAGCCGCCGUGCAGAAGGCCUGUGAGAUCCUUGUGAAACGUCUGGAACCGUAUAAGACCAAGAACCCCAAAGGAUCAUGGGAGGACUGGGUGAUAGCAGCAUAUUUCGACAGAGUAAACCUCAGUGCAAACGGCUUUUACAAGACGCCAGAUCUCGGUUAUGACUUCGACACGAACUCGGGCCGAGCGUUCAACUACUUCAGCUACGGAGUGGCCUGUUCAGAGGUGGAGAUCGACUGUCUGACCGGAGCUCACAAGAACCUGAGUACCACCAUAGUGAUGGAUGUCGGUCACAGCCUCAACCCAGCUAUCGACAUCGGACAGGUGGAGGGGGCGUUCAUGCAGGGUCUGGGUCUCUUCACCCUGGAGGAGCUUCAUUAUUCGCCCCAGGGCGUCCUCCUCACUCGGGGUCCUGGUUCUUAUAAGAUCCCGGCCUUCGGUGACAUUCCCACCCAGCUUACCGUCUCGCUGCUCCGCGAUGCACCGAAUGACAAGGCCAUCUUCGCCUCCAAGGCUGUGGGCGAGCCUCCUCUCUUUCUGGCAGCGUCAGUGUUCUUCGCCAUCAAAGAUGCCAUCAGCGCCGCCCGGGCGGAGUCGGGCAUCAGCGGCCCCUUCAGGCUGGACAGCCCCGCCUCCGCAGAGAGGAUCCGCAAUGCUUGCAGCGAUCAGUUCACCAAACUGUGUCCUCCUGCAGAACCUGGCACCUUUACCCCAUGGUCUGUGCAAGUCUAGGACAUUCAGCCAGAGAGAAAACGACCGCCGAUGGUCUCUGAAGAAUCUGCAAAUCCACAAACCCACAAAAGCAUUAUGAGCCAUUUUCUACACGCACACAGUCAUGGAUCGUUCCACACGGCCGGAUCAGGACCUUCAUAACAUGAUGCAUUGUUGGAGCUAUAGUGAGCUAUAUAUAAAUAUAUUCUAUGUUCUCAGAACACUCGAAGAACCAAAACUUAGCUGGUUUACACUCAGUGAAUAAGCUACAUGGCAUUGCAUUCAGCACUCAGGGAAUAAAAAACACGAUUCCAAUCUUACACUGUAAAAAAAAAAUGUUCCAUGAAUCAUAUGUAGAUUUACUAUCAGAAAUAUUACUGCUGUUAUUUCAGCUCAACAAUCAGAGCUUUAAUAAUUGUUUACAUUGAUUGGUGCUACACUAUAGACACAAAUAUGAUGCCAAUUAUUGGAAUUAUUGUACUGUGUGAUGGAAAUAAAACGUUUGGAAGCAUGA